AUGGCUCAGAUCUUACCUAUUCGCUUUCAGGAGCACCUGCAGCUCCAAAACCUGGGCAUCAAUCCGGCUAACAUUGGCUUCAGCACUCUCACCAUGGAGUCUGACAAGUUCAUCUGUGUGCGGGAGAAGGUGGGGGAACAGAGCCAGGUGGUCAUCAUUGACUUGGCCGACCCCAAUACCCCCAUUCGGAGACCUAUCUCUGCGGACAGCGCCAUCAUGAACCCUGCCAGCAAGGUCAUUGCUCUGAAAGCUGCCAAAACACUGCAGAUCUUCAACAUUGAGAUGAAGAGCAAGAUGAAGGCACACACAAUGACCGAUGAUGUUACGUUCUGGAAGUGGAUUUCCCUGAACACCGUUGCACUUGUGACCGACACUGCGGUGUAUCACUGGAGCAUGGAGGGAGAUUCUCAGCCGGUCAAAGUGUUUGAUCGCCACUCCAGCCUCGCAGGCUGCCAGAUUAUCAACUACCGCACGGAUGCCAAACAGAAAUGGCUUUUGUUAAUUGGUAUCUCAGCACAGCAAAAUCGUGUGGUUGGAGCCAUGCAGCUUUAUUCUGUAGACAGAAAGGUUUCCCAGCCCAUUGAAGGCCAUGCUGCCAGUUUUGCCCAGUUCAAGAUGGAAGGCAAUGCAGAGGAAUCUACAUUGUUCUGCUUUGCUGUCAGAGGCCAGGCUGGUGGAAAGUUGCACAUCAUUGAGGUUGGCGCCCCACCAACUGGAAACCAGCCCUUUCCAAAGAAAGCGGUUGAUGUCUUCUUCCCCCCAGAGGCACAGAAUGACUUCCCAGUGGCAAUGCAAAUAAGCUCCAAACACAAUGUUGUUUUCCUGAUAACCAAGUAUGGUUACAUCCACCUAUAUGACCUGGAGACUGGAACCUGCAUCUACAUGAAUCGCAUCAGCGGAGAGACCAUCUUUGUAACAGCUCCACAUGAGCCAACCUCUGGCAUUAUUGGCGUUAACAGAAAGGGACAGGUGCUUUCCGUCUGUGUUGAAGAGGAGAAUAUCAUACCCUACAUCAAUAAUGUUCUACAAAACCCAGAUUUGGCGCUUCGUUUGGCUGUUCGCAACAAUUUAGCUGGUGCGGAAGAACUUUUUGCACGCAAAUUCAACAACCUUUUUGCGGCUGGAAACUAUUCAGAGGCUGCAAAAGUUGCUGCGAAUGCCCCAAAGGGGAUCCUGCGCACUCCAGACACCAUUCGUCGAUUCCAGAGUGUUCCAACACAGCAAGGCCAGACAUCUCCACUCUUACAGUAUUUUGGGAUCCUUCUGGACCAGGGUCAGCUUAAUAAGUUUGAAUCUCUGGAGCUCUGCAGGCCUGUGCUGCAACAGGGGCGAAAGCAACUCCUUGAGAAGUGGCUUAAGGAAGACAAGUUGGAAUGUUCUGAAGAACUGGGCGACCUGGUGAAAGCAGUGGAUCCCACCUUAGCUCUGAGCGUCUACCUCAGAGCAAAUGUACCCAACAAGGUUAUUCAGUGCUUUGCAGAGACUGGACAAUUUCCCAAGAUUGUACUUUACGCAAAGAAGGUGGGAUAUACACCUGACUGGAUCUUUCUGCUGAGGAAUGUGAUGAGAAUAAACCCCGACCAAGGAUUGCAGUUUGCCCAGAUGCUUGUACAGGAUGAAGAGCCUCUGGCUGACAUCACACAGAUAGUGGAUGUGUUCAUGGAGUAUAACCUGAUACAGCAAUGCACUUCCUUCCUCCUCGAUGCCCUCAAGAAUAACCGCCCCUCUGAAGGACCACUGCAGACUCGACUCCUGGAAAUGAACCUCAUGCAUGCUCCUCAGGUUGCUGAUGCCAUCUUGGGGAAUCAAAUGUUCACCAACUACGACCGUCCACACAUUGCCCAACUUUGUGAAAAAGCCGGCUUGCUGCAGAGGGCUUUGGAGCACUACACGGACCUUUAUGACAUCAAGCGGGCAGUGGUGCACACACACCUCUUAAACCCUGAGUGGUUGGUUAACUUCUUUGGCUCCCUAUCAGUGGAGGACUCCUUAGAGUGCCUGAGGGCUAUGUUGUCAGCUAACAUCCGUCAGAACCUGCAGAUCUGUGUCCAGGUGGCAUCCAAGUACCACGAGCAGCUCACUACACAGUCCUUGACCGAGCUGUUCGAAUCUUUCAAGAGCUUCGAAGGUUUGUUUUACUUCCUGGGCUCCAUUGUGAACUUCAGUCAGGAUCCUGAAGUGCACUUCAAAUACAUUCAGGCUGCUUGUAAGACUGGCCAGAUCAAAGAGGUGGAGAGGAUCUGCAGAGAGAGCAACUGCUACGACCCAGAGCGGGUCAAGAACUUCUUAAAGGAGGCAAAACUGACUGACCAGCUCCCAUUGAUCAUCGUCUGUGAUCGUUUUGACUUUGUUCAUGAUUUGGUUCUAUAUCUUUAUCGCAACAACCUUCAGAAGUACAUUGAGAUCUAUGUGCAGAAGGUCAAUCCUAGCCGCCUUCCUGUUGUGGUCGGAGGGCUUUUGGAUGUGGACUGCUCUGAAGAUGUCAUCAAGAGUCUGAUCCUUGUGGUCAGAGGACAGUUCUCCACUGAUGAACUUGUGGCAGAAGUUGAAAAGCGAAACAGACUGAAGCUGCUUUUGCCUUGGCUGGAGUCUCGUAUUCAUGAAGGUUGUGAGGAGCCUGCUACCCACAAUGCUUUGGCUAAGAUUUAUAUUGACAGCAACAACAACCCUGAGCGUUUCUUGAGGGAAAACCCAUUCUAUGACAGUCGUGUGGUUGGAAAGUACUGUGAGAAGAGAGACCCUCAUCUGGCAUGUGUGGCUUAUGAGAGAGGCCAGUGUGACCAGGAACUGAUCAAUGUUUGCAAUGAGAAUUCUCUUUUCAAAAGUUUGUCUCGUUACCUGGUCCGCCGCAAAGACCCAGACCUGUGGGCAAGUGUUCUCCUGGAGAGCAACCCAUUCAGACGACCUCUCAUUGAUCAGGUUGUGCAAACGGCAUUGUCAGAAACUCAGGAUCCAGAGGAGGUCUCUGUCACAGUCAAAGCUUUCAUGACGGCUGAUCUGCCAAAUGAACUUAUCGAGCUCCUUGAGAAAAUUGUAUUGGAUAACUCUGUUUUUAGUGAACACAGAAAUCUUCAAAACUUGCUGAUUUUGACUGCAAUCAAAGCCGACCGCACACGUGUGAUGGAGUACAUUAACCGACUGGAUAACUACGAUGCUCCUGAUAUUGCAAACAUUGCAAUCAGCAACGAACUCUUUGAGGAGGCAUUUUCCAUUUUUAAGAAAUUUGAUGUCAAUACUUCCGCUGUGCAAGUACUUAUUGAACAUAUUGGAAAUUUGGAUCGGGCAUAUGAAUUUGCCGAACGCUGUAAUGAACCGGCCGUCUGGAGCCAGUUGGCAAAGGCACAACUACAGAAGGGUUUGGUAAAGGAAGCUAUCGACUCCUACAUCAAGGCUGAUGAUCCUUCUGCAUAUAUGGAGGUUGUGCAGGCUGCUGAUAAGAGUGGGAACUGGGAAGACUUGGUCAAAUUUCUUCAAAUGGCUCGUAAGAAGGCUCGCGAGUCUUAUGUGGAGACAGAACUAAUCUUUGCUUUGGCAAAAACGAAUCGCCUUGCAGAACUGGAGGAGUUUAUUAAUGGACCGAACAAUGCACACAUCCAACAGGUUGGUGAUAGGUGCUAUGACGAGAAAAUGUAUGAGGCAGCUAAGUUGUUGUACAACAAUGUCUCCAACUUCGGCCGCUUGGCCUCAACACUUGUGCACCUGGGCGAGUAUCAAGCAGCUGUGGAUGGAGCUCGUAAGGCCAACAGCACACGCACUUGGAAAGAAGUAUGCUUUGCUUGUGUGGACGGACAAGAAUUCAGAUUGGCUCAGAUGUGUGGCCUCCACAUUGUUGUGCAUGCUGAUGAGCUGGAGGAGCUCAUUAACUAUUACCAAGACCGGGGUUACUUUGAGGAGCUGAUCACCAUGCUGGAGGCUGCCCUGGGCCUGGAGCGUGCACACAUGGGCAUGUUUACAGAGCUGGCCAUUCUUUACUCAAAGUUUAAGCCCCAGAAGAUGAGGGAGCAUCUGGAGCUUUUCUGGUCCAGAGUGAACAUCCCUAAGGUUCUAAGAGCAGCAGAACAAGCACAUCUGUGGGCUGAACUUGUAUUCCUCUAUGACAAAUAUGAAGAGUUCGACAACGCCAUCAUCACUAUGAUGAACCACCCUACAGAUGCCUGGAAAGAGGGCCAAUUCAAAGACAUUAUCACAAAGGUUGCAAAUGUGGAACUGUACUACAAGGCUACCCAGUUUUAUUUGGAGUUCAAACCAUUGUUACUGAAUGAUUUGCUCAUAGUUCUCUCACCGAGACUGGAUCACUCCCGUGCGGUCAACUUCUUCACAAAGGUUAAACAGCUGCCUUUGGUGAAACCAUACCUGCGUUCAGUGCAGAACCACAACAACAAAUCAGUCAAUGAAGCACUUAAUAACCUCUUCAUUGUAGAGGAGGAUUAUCAAGCACUUAGAACGUCAAUUGAUGCCUGCGACAACUUCGACAACAUCUCCCUGGCCCAGCAAUUGGAAAAGCAUGAGCUUAUUGAAUUCAGAAGAAUUGCCGCCUACCUCUUUAAGGGUAACAACCGCUGGAAACAAAGUGUGGAGCUGUGCAAGAAGGAUAAGCUCUACAAGGAUGCCAUGCUGUACGCAUCUGAAUCUAAAGACAUCGAGCUAGCUGAGGAGCUGCUGGCCUGGUUUCUACAAGAGAAUAAAAAGGAGUGUUUUGCCGCCUGCCUCUUCUCGUGUUAUGACCUCUUACGACCAGAUGUGGUGCUCGAGACGGCCUGGAGGCACAACAUCAUGGACUUUUCUAUGCCAUAUUUCAUCCAGGUCAUGAGGGAAUACCUCAGCAAGGUUGAUAAACUAGAAACUUCAGAGUCUCUGAGAAAAGAGGAAGAGCAGGCAACAGAGACGCAACCAAUUGUUUAUGGCACACCACAAUUGAUGUUAACGGCAGGCCCCAGUGUUCCUGUGCCCCCUCAACAACCGUAUGGAUAUGGUUACCAGGCACCAGCGGGCUACGUCCCGCCAGCUCCUCAGCCAGGCUUUGGUUAUGGCAUGUAA